CGGGCAGCUUCAUUUCUAUGACGACACGGGGUCCUAUGGAAAAAAGUCAACAAACAUGGCGGCGCCCGCAGGCCGACUUCUCCGCUGCAUCGCAGUGACGGGCGCAAAGUUGAGGCUGAGGCCUGCAUUUUAUUCCACAACAGCCCAGGCAUAUCCAUUUGCUAAAAGGAAGCCCCAGCUACCAGUGAAUUCAAUAUAUAAUCCAGUGAGAUGUAUGUUCAUUCAGACUCAGGACACGCCAAACCCCAACAGUGUCAAGUUCAUCCCAGGGAGAGCUGUUCUGGAUGCCAGAACCAUGGAUUUCCCAAGCCCUGCUUCCGCCUUUUGCUCCCCACUGGCCAGGCACCUUUUCAGGAUUGACGGAGUAAAGAGUGUUUUCCUUGGGCCAGAUUUCAUCACUAUCACAAAAAAUAGUGAGGAAUUGGACUGGAAUUUAAUAAAACCUGAUAUAUAUGCAACUAUUAUGGAUUUCUUUGCUUCUGGUCUGCCGGUAGUGACAGAGGACGCCCCUCGUGGGGAUGCAGCGGCCUCAGAAGAGGAGGAUGAAGUGGUGGCCAUGAUCAAAGAACUGCUGGACACUAGGAUCAGGCCUACAGUGCAGGAAGAUGGUGGAGAUGUCCUGUACAAAGGCUUUCAGGAUGGCAUUGUCCAGCUGAAGCUACAGGGGUCCUGUACCAGUUGCCCGAGCUCCAUCAUCACACUGAAGAGCGGCAUUCAGAACAUGCUGCAGUUCUACAUCCCAGAGGUUGAAGGAGUAGAGCAGGUGACGGAUGAAGAUGAGGAAGAUGCUGGGACAGAAAUCCGUUCGCCUUAAGGCUGCCUUCAUUUCAAAGCCCUCAUAGUGAAAAGCAAGCUGGUGCCCAUAUCCGGCAUCCUGCUCAAUGGAAAUCUCCAGCGUUGGCACACCUUCCUAAUCUCGGUGGCACUGUGUAUGUGGCAACCAACUGAACGGCGGAGGUAUCUUGUGCCAGUCUCAAUUCAUUAUCCUUAUGAGAGGGGAUGAACCAGCUUUUUUUUUUUUUUUUGGAUCUAGAAAAAUAAAUAUUACAAGUGUUUGUUUUAAUAUUCAACCUCCUGGCUUGUUGUGCUAUAUUUAUCUGCCUGUUGGAAUAAAAGGCUAAUAUAUGUGCAAAA